AAGAAUAUAUACUAUAAUGCAUUAGCUAUGUGGGGGUGGAUUCAGGCAGAGUAAGGACAGCUAUGGGACCUAGUAUUAAGGAUUACAUCAUAUGAUUGUGUGUCCGUGUGUGUGCUGCAGAGAUCUGGAAGUAGCUGUAAAACGGGAUUUUGUGUUUAAGCUAUUGCCACUGCCAGAAGUGGUACAACACAGUUACACCAGGAUCAGCCUCAGGAAGAAAGCAAUAGAAACUACCAGGUUGGCUGGUAGACUUAUUCAUCCAGCUGUUUGUCGUGUGCAUCACUGGACAAAGAGGAAUAUGGAUCCCAGGUGGAGCUACUGGACUGGUCCAAACAGCACUGGCGAAGCAGGAAUCAUGGAACAGCGAGAGCUGCCUGUGCUUUUGGUUAAUGAGGUGGGCGGUGUACGUGGUGUGCUGGAAGCUCAUAUGGAAUUCUUGAAGAAACACUUUCACCUUAUCACCAUGAAGGAAUUUCUCAAAAACAAAAAACAUUGGCGCAAAAAGGUCCAAGCUAUUUAUUUGUGGUGGCACAAACCAAUCAUUGACCGGGAACUCCUCGAGAGCCUGCCUGACUUGAAGGUGAUUGCAAAUUCAGGUGUAGGAAUGGAUCACUUGGAUCUGAAACUAAUCUCUAGCUUUGGAGUGAAAAUGGCUAAUGCUCCACAUGCUGUUUCCAGCUCCACAGCAGACACCGGAAUGGCCUUGCUGCUGGCAUCUGCUAGAAGACUGGUGGAAGGCUGUCAGAUUGCAGUUUCCCCAGACACUGUGUGUUUUGCUGCUGACUGGCUGGGAGAUGAAGUCAAUGGGGCUACUCUUGGUAUCAUUGGAAUGGGCAGAAUUGGGUAUAAGGUUGCACUGAGGGCCAAAGCUUUUGAAAUGAAAAUUCUGUAUCACAACAGGAACCGGAGAACUGAGGAAGAAGAACAGGCUGUUGGUGCCAUUUAUUGUACAAAGAUAGAAGACUUGCUCCAGCAGUCAGAUUUCGUGAUGCUGGUCAUGAGCUUGACACCACAGACACAUAAACUAUUUGGGAAGAAGGAGUUAGAGCUGAUGAAACCCACUGCUACUCUCAUUAACAUCAGCAGAGGUCCAGUAGUAGACCAAGAUGCAUUGGUGGAAGCUCUUCAGACUGGUGUUAUCAAGGCUGCGGCUUUGGAUGUCACCUACCCUGAACCACUGCCCAGGAAUGAAGACUUGCUACUACAGAUGUCUAAAAUCUUUGACUUGAACCUCAACCUCAGGCUUGAUUUUGGUUUGCAUAUAAAUAAUAGCUCUUAUAUUGCAUUUUCAUCAGUAGAUCACAAAAUAUACUCCACAGUUGAGGUCAGAAUCAUUACUCCCAUUUUACCGACUGGGAAAUUGAGGCACAGCAAGGAGAAAUGACUUGCCUAAGAUCACCCAAAAAGCCAGUGGCAGAGCCAAGAACAGCAUGCAGAUCUCCUCGAUCCCAGUCUAGUGUUCUAUCCUCUUGUUUAAAUGUAGAUCCAACUGUAAAUGGCUUCCAUAUCUUAUUGUUCACUUUGUAAUUUAUAACUGCUAGACACAAGCUAAAUGGAUCUAUGAAAACACUGACUGCUGCUGAUUGUUGGUGUGUUUAUAGUUCUGACGAUGUUCUCUAGGGGAGAUUAACUAGGGUACUCACAUUAUAUUUUCCAAUGUGUUAAUUAGCUUACCUCCAAGUCUGGUGAAUAUGCCUGACCCUGUUGAAACCCCACUUAGUCUGUCAUUUUGCAGUGGUUUUUUAUAUGGAAAAACAAGUUUGUUCAAAUCCAAGCUUUUCUAAAUUUUAGAGCAGUCAAAAUAUGUACUCCAGGAGACUUCAAUUGCCAUUUUAAAUUGAUAUUACACAAGAUAAAAUUUCCCAAAUUAUGCCAAUCUCAGAGACUUUAAGAGAAAGUCAAUUAAUGGCUUUCAAAGGGGAAAUACAGCUGGCUUUGAUGGGUUUAGCACCAAAUUUUAUACAUCAGCUCUUAAAGAAAAUGUUUUAUAAAGGCUUGCAAGAAGAAAUAACUCCCAUUCACACUAGCUGAGGCCUAAAUAAUACUUACUCAUAAAACAGGAAAAGACACUUCACUACAUUUCUACUUAUCCAAUAGCCAUACUUAAUAAAGAUAUGAAAAUAUUGGCCAAUACCCUCAUGCUCGGCUACCAUGGCUGGCAUCGACUUACGGAGCGGUGCACUGUGGGUAGCUAUCCCACAGUUUCCACAGUCUCUGCCACCCAUUGGAAUUCUGGGUUAAGCUCCCAAUGCCUGAUGGGGCAAAAACAUUGUUGCGGGUGGUUUGGGGUACAUGUCGUCAGUUGCCCCUCCCUCUGUGAAAGCAACAGCAGACAAUCAUUUCGUGCCUUUUUUCCUGGGUUACCCAUGCAGAUGCCGUACUACGGCAAGCAUGGAGCCAGCUCAGCUCACCCUCACCGCUGCUGUUGUGGCCAAGUCUACUGUGGGGGGCUGCUGUGAUCCAAGUAACCAAUGCAAUCACUGACAUUCUGUUAUCAAGGGUAGUGACUCUGGGAAAUGUGCGGGCCUUUUUAGAUUUUAGGUGCAUCAUAUUCCUGUCCUUUGUCACUGGUGAAGAAGUCUUGCAGCCGUACAUUCCAGUCCAGUCGGCGCUGUAACAUCCCAUAGCACUUCUGUGGUUGACACAUGUAACAGCUCGAGGGCUCUUGCUCUUCUGUCUUGGCCAAGGUACCUUGCCCUACCCGAACGCCAAGCAUUCGACACAGAAGCACCUGCAGCAGCUGGCAUUGCUACACAGCAGCAGCUCCUUGCCUUCGCAGCAGGUGGUGCAGUAGGACUGCUAACCGUCUUUGUCAGACGUAGUUUGGCUGGGGUUCUAGGAACAUCUUCCCUGCCCGGCUCCUAGCAACCUCCAGGGCAUGAUGUACGGCUCCACUGCUUCCGCUGCAACUCUGCUCUCCUGCUUGGGGGAUCCGUUCAUGAAGCCUGGACAGUAGUAAGGAGCAGUUCAACUAUAGGCUGAGCAAGUGAAGAAUGGUGAUACAAUGUGCCUUUGGACAUUUAAAAGCUCGCUGACACUGUUGGUCAGACCUCAGCGCAACCAACAUUCCCAUUGUUAUUGCUGCUUACUGUGUGCUCCAUAAUAUCUAUGAGAAUAAGGGGGAGACGUUUAUGGCAGGGUGGGAGGUUGAGACCAAAUCGCCUGGCAUCUGAUUUUGAACAGUCAGACACCAGGGCGAUUAGAAGAGCACAGCAAGGUGCGCUGCGUAUCAGAGAGGCUUUGAAAACCAGUUUCAUGACUGGCCAGGCUUCAGUGUGACAGUUGUGUGCGUUUCUCCUUGAUGUAAACCCACCCCCUUUGUUGAUUUUAAUUUCCUGUAAGCCAACCACCCUCCCCCCUUCGAAAUAAAGUAACUAUUGUUUUGAAA